UGUUUAACCUCCAUCUUUGUACUGCGCAUAACGCGUCCGAAAAGUUUGAAUUUAAAUUAAAAUUCGGCUGGGAUUAAUUUAAAAAAAAUGGAGGAACCUUCAUCCUUACAAGCAGCAGGAGGCGAAGGCCAGGGGGAGAACAUCGACUUGAUUAAAGUGGAAGUUACAAAUAUUGAUAAAGCCCUGCACAAAACUCAAGAAACCAUUAAAGGGCUCUUGAAAACUGUCGAUGACAAAUUUCAAUUUAUUUAUGACAACGAAAAUCUACAAGGAAGUUUGCAAGAACAGGUUGGUCAAUUUAGGAGUCGCCUUGUAGUAGAAUGUCAGGUAAGAGACGGACUGAUUGAGCAUAUUUCUGCAACACGAAAAAUGUCGGACGACAUAUCCAAAUUUGCAAAACUCAACGAUGGCAUACUGCAGUCUAUGGAUGAAAUGAUUCAAGAAGUAGGGGGGGAGUUAUCGCAACAAAAAAGAAUUGCAACCAACAAUCUUAACGACCUUAGGUCUUACAUUGAAAAACUAGAUUUGCAAAUUGCCGAAACAAAUAAUGAUUUAAUUCAACAACGUAAAACAAACGAUGAAAUUCUUGCUAAGGAAGAUGAGAAAAUCGAAUCUUUAAAGAAAUUAUAUGUCGGUAAUGAACUAGAGGUUGCAAUAUCUAAAGAGAUAAUGCAACAAUGGAUCGCUAAACAGCAGGAUAUUGCAAAUGACAUAAAAAAUAAGCAACACGAACUAAGUUUGGUAAAAAGAGAUAUAUCAAGUAAGGAAGCUGAGCAAGAAGAGCUUCGAAAGUUACACGAAAGGAAACAAGAAGAGUUUGAUCUGACUACCGAACGACUAGAAACUAGUUUAAGUGAAAUUAACAAAAGUAUUUUAAACAUUGAAGGCAAGUUACAUGCUUGCGACCAAUCUAGUGAGUAUCAGACAGGGUGCAUAACAAGAUUAUUGAAAGAAAUUGAAAUAAAAAAGAAUUACAACUCCAAACUCGUGGAGGAUACUGCAGAGAUUUCUCAAAGCGCAGAUGACGAUAUCUCCAAUUGGAAUAAAGCAAAAUUCGAGGCGGAAGCCAAAAUUAAUACGGAGUCUGCGGAAAUCGAGAAGUUAGAAGUUCUACUUCAACAAGAAGACCAAAUAAUUAAGGAUAUCGAUGAGCGUAUACUUAACAAAACUAAAGAACACGAUGAGCUUGAUCAAGCAAUCAAAGAAAUGCAAUUGAAGAUGGCACAAAGAGAGUCUGCAAGAGAAACCCUUAUGGAAUUCAUAAAAAAUAAAGAAGACCAAAUUCGCACCCUUUCUAAGCAAUGCGAAGAUUUAAGCGAUGAAUAUCAGGAAUUCGAAUCUUCUUCAACAACGAUGAAGCGAGAAGCAGAAGAGGAACUAACAAACCUGAACAUUGAAUUAAAUCGUAUCAAAGCCGACACCGAAAAGAUAACCCUCGCAGAACAAGAACAACAAAAGGCAACGCUGCAAGAGAUAUCUGCACUGGAAUUAGAAUACGACAAAAAAACCUUCCAACAAACUAAAGACUUCGAAGAGUCAGUUAAGUUGUUAAAAAGCGAGUUGGUAUCAGUGGAGAACGAAUUAAAAGAGAUACGUUUGGAAAAAGCUAAAAAGCAGAACGAAUUACUUAUGCUAGACCAGGCGUGCCAGCACGUUCAGAUUAGAAUCAAGCGAACGGAAAAGAUGAAGCAACUUGUAUCGACCAUUCCAUCUUCGGGAAAAACGCAGUCAACACCACCACCCAUGAAAAGGCCAUCGGACUUACCCGUGCAUAUGCAAAAAAGACUGGCAGUAGAUCAACUCAGCGAUAGCAGUACAGAUGCUGGGUCCAAAAUCACAGCGGCGGAAGCUCGAAAAAUUAUCGAGCGAAGGGAACAAAGACGCCUGUUGAGACAAAAACGGCGAGAAGAAAAGGAAAAUAAAACAAGAAAAGAGGAAAAGUCUAAAUAGAUUUUGUACAGUAUUGCAGAGAAUUCUUAUUUAUU